CUCCUUGAUAAAUAGGGAAAAGGUCCAAUUUGCUCCAGCUGGAAAGUUGAAGUCCUUGUUAAAUCUAUCUAUACUCGUUCUGUGAGGAAAAGGACAAUCUCUAGUAGUAUCAUUUAACUGCUCUAUUUCAGCAUUCACUGAUGAAUGAGUGAGAAUUGGACCAGAGAAUGGCAAAUACUUAUGUUACUACAUCUGAUGAGUACUGUCUUGCUGAACCAGUGCAGUACUAUGAUAUUCUGCCGGAGCAAAUCAGUUAUCGGCUGUACGACACUGAUUUUCAAGAAUCGCCUUUUUGCCAGUAUUCUACCGUCCAGUUGCCAACAGCUCUACAGUCCCAAUCUUUACAAAGUCAUUUCAACACUUGCAGCUUGGAUCCACAGUUCAGUGGUGGAGAAUGUGGACUUGUUUCCUGUGAAUUAAAUAAACCCACUUAUGUGGUUGACCAUGAUGUUGAAGAUGGAUACUCUGGAAUAAAAAGGUCCAGACUAACUCAUUCUUCUAUGCGAAUUAAGAGACAGGAAGACCUCUGUGUAGUUUGUGGUGAUAAAGCAUCAGGAUAUCAUUAUAAUGCACUUACUUGUGAAGGUUGCAAAGGUAAGGAUAAAGUUUUUUUUCGACGUAGCAUCACCAAAAAUGCAGUAUAUCAUUGCAAGAAUGGUGGCCACUGUGAAAUGGACAUGUACAUGCGUAGGAAAUGUCAAGAGUGCAGACUAAAAAAGUGUAAGGCAGUAGGAAUGUUGGCAGAAUGUUUGCUCACAGAAAUCCAAUGCAAAUCAAAGAGACUUCGAAAGAAUUUUAAGCAGAAGAAUAGUUUUUCCUCUAGCAUCAAAGUGGAAGAGGAAGUAGACAACAAGCUUGUAUCAUCCACCACUAGAUCUGGAAAAGUGAUUAAGGAGAGCAUGGAACUAACUCACGAGGAACAUCAGCUCAUUAAGGACAUUGUGGCUGCUCAUCAAAAAUACACAAGUCCUUUAGAGGAAACAAAGAUGUUUCUCCAGAAGUAUGCAAAUCCUGAGCUGAGCUUUUUGCAACUCUCGGAGACCAUGGUCCUACACCUACAGGGGUUAGUGGAUUUUACCAAGGGACUCCCAGGAUUUGAAAAUUUGACAACUGAGGACCAGACUGCAUUACGUAAAGGAUCAAAAACUGAAGUGAUGUUUCUUCACGGGGCCCAACUUUACAGCCUGAAAGAAUGUCUUUCGUCAGCUUCUGAAAGUACUAUGAGAAUAUCAGAUCAUUCAGAUCACUCACUGAAUUGUCACAAUCAGAGUGUUAAUAGAAGUGUUAUUUAUUCUAUGGAAACCUUUUGCAACAAAGACUGUCCUCCUACUACACUGACUGGUAUUGCUGAAGAAUUUAUUAACACAUUGUUUUACUUCUACAGAAGAAUGAGUGAGCUUACUAUUACUAAUACUGAAUAUGCUCUGCUUGCAGCAACAACUGUGUUUUUUUCAGAUCGUCCAUGCCUUAAAAAUAAGCAAUAUGUGGAAAAUUUACAAGAACCAGUUUUACAGAUUUUAUACAAGUAUUCAAAAAUUUAUCAUCCAGAAGACCUACAGCAUUUUGCUCGUCUCAUAGGGAGGCUCACAGAACUGAGGACACUGAAUCACAACUACUCAGAAAUACUUAGCACUUGGAAAGCAAAGGACCCCAAAUUGGCUAGUUUACUCUCAGAGAAAUGGGAUUUGUAUUCACAUUGCUGAAAUUUUAUAAUGUGGUUGUGGUUUGUCUUACAACUUUCAAAAUCUAGAUUGUUUAUCAUUAUAGGAUGACUGCUUUGAAAAACAUAAACAGGAUUGCUAGGUUACCAAUGUAUCAGCAUAAAAUGGGACAUUAUCAGUGCUCAUCAAAUUUUGUGGGAUAUAGGACCACCACUAGAGGGACAUCCAGGAUUCUUUUCCAGAUUUGACUUAAAAGAAGCAAGGAUUAUUGUUUGCAUGGUUCCUUCUAAAGGGAAAAAUGUUAAAUAGAGUUCUUUCCUGAAGAUGCUCUACUUUUUCCCGUUAGUAGAAAACUGAACGAAAAUAUGUAGACUACUUAUAGACAUGAGAAAGGGUGUCUAGUGGAAACAAUUGUAAUCAGAAUAAAGGCAGUUUCUGAAUCUCAUUAAUUAGGCCAGAUUGAUGGAUAAAGAACUAACAUUUUAAACUUAUUCCUGUUAUGGCAUUUUAUGAAUUAUUAAAGAGGAACAAAACUUUGUUCAACUCUUA